AUGGAAGAAAAUGGAGUUGAUCCUGAAGCCAGUAUGGAGAGAGCUAGUGACUUAUUGGGCAACUCUAAUAAUACUGAAGAGAUGGAAACCGAGGACCAAGUAUUCCAGGUAAGUGAUCAGUCAUAUAUUUGUUAACUUUCAUAGGGUUGCCAUAUGCCCUCUUUUUCCAGGUCUUUUUUAUGCAUAGAAUCGUUACAGCAUUCCAUAGUUAAAAGUAGAAGUUGGCAAAUGUGUCCUCUUAUUUACUGCUCAAAAUUUGGCAACCCUGUGUGAAUUGACCUCGCAGGCCAAAUUUGUUGGUAAUGUCGAGUGCUUUGUGGUCCCAAAGGUAAAGGGACCCCUGACCAUUAGGUCCAGUCGUGACCGACUCUGGGGUUGCGGCGCUCAUCUCGCUUUAUUGGCCGAGGAAGCCGGCGUACAGCUUCUGGGUCAUGUGGCCUGCAUGACUAAGCCGCUUCUGGCGAACCAGAGCAGCACACGGAAACGCUGUUUACGUUCCCGCCGGAGUGGUACCUAUUUAUCUACUUGCAAUUUGACGUGCUUUCGAACUGCUAGGUUGGCAGGAGCAGGGACCAAGCAACGGGAGCUCACCCCAUUGCAGGGAUUUGAACCGCCAACCUUCUGAUCGGCAAGCCCUAGGCUCUGGGGUUUAACCCACAGCGCCACCUGCGUCCCUUGCGGUCCCAAAGGUGUUGCUAAAACAAAGUGAAAUCAGCUGGUGGAUGGGUGUGGUUUGAGUAUAUAAUAAUAAAUCUUUAUUGCGGUCCAGAGACCCAUAGGAACAAUUUCAGGACAAAAUACAGUUCUGACAGCCAACCACAAAAGAGAGAGAAACCGAGGCGGUCAUUUUGUUUUGUCUCGAGCUUGAUGAUCUUUGCUUCUUUUGACUUCCGGAAGAAACUUUGCCACGGCCAGUGCAAUAUCAUUGGACCUAUCAUCCAAAAGAUAUUUAAUAUGGGAGGCUUCAGAUUUUCUCAGCAGAUUUGCCGGUAGGAGUUUGAUCAGUUGGUCCCUUGCUUGCUCGUACUGCCCACAAUACAGUAAGAUAUGCUUCAUGCAGUCGACGUCCUGAGAACAUGAACAAAGCCUAUUCUGAUAAGGGAUGCCUUUCAGUCUACCAUUUAGCACUUCCGAAGGAAAUACAUUUAGUUUGGCUUUGGUAAAUAAAUGCCGAUAGGUUGGUACAGACAGGUUCCUAAGAUAUGAGGGUAUCUGAAAGUUGUACCCAUACAGUGGUACCUUGGGUUACAUACGCUUCAGGUUACAUACGCUUCAGGUCACAGACUCCGCUAACCUAGAAAUAUUACCUCGAGUUAAGAACUUUGCUUCAGGAUGAGAACAGAAAUUGUGCAGCCGCAGCACAGCGGCAGCAGGAGGCCCCAUUAGCUAAAGUGGUGCUUCAGGUUAAGAACCGUUUCAGGUUAAGAACGGACCCCCGGAACAAAUCAAGUACUUAACCCAAGGUACCACUGUAUUGGAUUCCUGCUUCUACUGGGCCACAGAUUACAUGAGAUCGAGAUCGCAGGUUGCUAGGUGAAAUGUCCCAAAGCCUUUGCCUCAGGGAUUCAAGGACAGUAUCAUAGCCCAGAUGAUACAAGAGGGAUGAUGGCAGUCAAAUCGAGGUGGCUUUUCCAGCCAUAGUUUUCAGCCAGAAAACUCAGGUUUGAGUAGAAAAUUGCCUCACUGGUCAUCUUGGUACUAAGGUACCAUUUGCUAUUCCGAAGAUUUUAAAAAAACAAAUGAUUGAAAAGAUGCCAAUAUAUAUUCUGUAUGACAGCAUCUAGCAUACGUGGAAACCGGGGACCCAUCCUUUGGGCCAAAUGUUCCUCAGGCAGUCCUGCCCAUCACAGCGCCCAUUUCGGAAGAUAUUUCUCAGUCACUGAAUGCACAAAUGCAGCUGUCCCAGACGCUCCCUUUUUCAGCAGAAGGGUUUCAACUUGUACACCAGCGUGGCCAUCCCUUUUAUGAAGUACAAUCCUCAGAGGGGUCCAGCACUCACAUGGUGAGUAAAUACAUCUUUAGGGCAGUUUUUGUUUGUUUAGUUUUCCCUCCAAUGUAUUUGAAAAAGGAACCCUGUGUUGAAAUGUAAUAAUGCCCUAAUCUGCGUUAUGUUUUGUUGACUAAAUAGCAGAUGACGAAUCAACUGAAUAUUUUUUUAAUUGCCAGCCUUAAUAACACAUUAGUCUUCUGUACUUCAUAAACAGAUAUGUGGAUUAAGUGUGUUGUGGCUUUGUCAAAUCGCUGUGUUAAGGGAACCUUGAAAUAAUGUUAAUGUUCUAUUUUAAUCUUGUUUUUUAAGUUGUAUUUUAAUCAACUUGUUUUUAUUAUUAGUUGUUAGCCGCCCUGAGCCUGGUCUUGGCUGGAGAGGGCAGGGUAUAAAUUAUUAUUAUUAUUAUUAUUAUUAUUAUUAUUAUUAUUAUUAAAUAUCUGGGGCAGGGGGAAUUCCAUCAAUAUGUGGAUCUUAUCAGCAAGAACUUGAGUCUCUUUGCUUAAAUUCAAAUAUAGAUCUCAGUGGUUUCUGAUUUUUCUAUAAAACAGAGAUGAAUAAUUUCAGAUUGGCUUGAAACUUAUUGUUAUAAAUCUAUCUCUCAAAUAGUAUAUGAUAUUCAUUAUACCAUUUCUUUGUUUCCUUCAAAGAUGAUAGUUGCCAGCCAGUCUGAAAAUGGGCAAGUGCUGCACGUUAUUCCUUCUCAGCCGGGAAUGGCACAAGUGAUUAUUCCCCAAGGUCAACUUCUGGAUGUCACCAGUUCUCAGGGUAAGAUACAUCGUGUCCCAACAGACUAUGUGGAAGCAAGUUCCACUGAAAUCAGUACAACAUGCUACUAAGCGAAAGCACUUAACCUUCAAUUUGUGAAUUCUGGUGCCAAGACAUACACCUUCAUUAUGUAAUUGUACAGUAUUUCCACACUCAGAAUCAAUAAUUUUAAUUGUAAACUUGGAAUUUGAAGAGGUGGGCUUCUCACAGGCUGUUCAAGCUUCUUUUUCUUGAGACAUUCCUUAACAGCAGACUGUGUGCUGCUGCUUGCAAAGGUCACAGCUGCUAGGUGCAAAGUACGGACUAUAUUUUGUACCUGUAGCACGCUGGGAUAGGUUCUUUCCUUUUCUUCCUUUGACUCAAGAUUUAUUUGACUUGAGAACAGGAAAUGUAGAAUUUCGCAAACGUACACAAGCAAGAUGGAGCCCAUCUUUUUUUCUCGGCGGCGUUGCUAAACCAACUUUUAACUAAGCUUGUGGUGGUUAUGGAAGAGCACAUUCUGAAAGCUGUGCCCUUAGCUCUAUCAGAACAGGGCCUCUCCAUUCUAGGAGGUUCCAGGGUCUGGCAGAGACAGAUUCACAUUUCAGUCUCAGGCUGCUGCUUGCUAAUUGCUCACCAGUUUUCUGAAUUGCACUUUCUUGGUUCUCUAUGCACUUAUUAAAGAGGGACGUGUUCCCCCCCAUCUUUUUCCUAAGAUGCUUCAGAAGAGAGAAAUGGUGGGAGUUUGCGAGCUGUUGCAGUGGCUGCUGUUGCAGACGGUACAAGCAGAUACAUCCUUCAUCCUCAAGCAUCUCUUACAGUGUCCAAAGCAACAGCCACCAGGUAGGUCAGAAGAUGAGAAAACUCUUCUCAGACAAACUGUGAAGUUCUGCAGUUUUCCCCAUUGUCAGUAUUUUAGCUGAACUUCCUCUUGUUGCAUCUAUGAAAUGGUCACAGGUUGCUUUCUAAUGAUUGACAUAGGAGAUUCCUAAACCAUCUGGUCCCUGAAGGCUUGCAGCAAUAAAGUGAAAGAGUAGGUUGUUGCUUUGAAUGAUAGCUUUUAAAAUAUUUUUUGAAGUAUUCCAAAUACUGCCUUACAAAUGUUAACCGCAAGAAGUGAAAAGCAGUCUGCUUCUGUCCUUAAUAUAGCAACAUCGUCUAAAUCUGCGAUUACGUGUUUAUCUGCAUGGAUUUGUUUUGACUCUAUAUCCCAUUUUGCAUUUAUUGUUCAGGUUAUUGGAAGACACUUUUCCAGUUUCCCCUCAACCAUUGUCCUCAAACACACCUACCUGGGCUCGCCGUCUGAGGAACUGUGAGGUGAGCUAAAAACAACAACUGAGCAAAGUAUUAAUCUCACAAACUAGUAUCGGAGGUGGUUACACUUCUUAGUUACUUGGCGUUUGUCAGUUAAACGGUCUUGUAGUUUGUUCGGAGCCAAGGCAGUCUAGUGGUAGCCAGAGGGGGAUUUAAGUGGAUGUCAUGGAAUGUAAAUGGCCCUAGCAACUUAGUCGAAAGUAGGAAAGUAAUUGUAAUUGGUCUCUGGAAAAGGUAUGCUGUGUAAGUUUUUCACUAGUAUCUUUCAUGAAAUGCAACAAGCAGAGAGGGAUUGCCUUUCAGUCAAGCCCUUCAUCUGAUGAAUACACUGUAUAUGGCAAGGCUUUGCUACCACGAGUCAUCUUCUAAACUGCUUUAAACUCCUGAACAGUUCAUUUGUUUUGGUUUUAUUAAGAAAAUUAUAGACAUACAGUAGUACCUCGCGUUACGUAACCGUCUGGUUACGUAAACUUCAGGAUGCAAAUGUGGCAAACCCAGAAGUAUUUUUCUGGGUUUUGCCACAUGCGCAGAAGUGCUCUACCGCAUCAUGCACAUGCGCAGAACAGACACCUCUGGUAGUGAAAAUCUCGGGAUCCGACUGGAGCUCCGGAACGGAUCUCGUCCGCAAACGGAGGUACCACUGUAUACUGCUCUUCGCCAAAAGGCCAUAGAAUAGCUGACAACAUAAUAUUUACCGUACUUUUCGCCGUCUAGGACGCACUUUUUCCCCUCCAAAAAUGAAGGGGAAAUGUGUGUGCGUCCUAUGGGGUGAAUGCAGGCUUUCACUGAAGCCUGGAAAGCGAGAGGGGUCGGUGCGCACCGACCCCUCUCGCUCUCCAGGCUUCAGAAAGCUAUCCACAAGCCUUGGGAGCCCGGUGGGAGUUCCCACCGGGCUCCCAAGGCUGCAGCCUGCAGCCGGAAACCCGGGGAGCGCAGCGGGGCGCGCCCUGGGCUUCGGGCAGAUAUCUGCAAGCCUGGAGAGCCCGGCGGGAGUUCCCACCGGGCUCCCAAGGCUUGCGGAUAGCAGCCUGUUCUGCGGUUUGGGGUCGGGGGAAGCUCGGGCUUCCCCCGCCCCUAGCCCCGCAAGCUCCGGGAGCGAUGGCGAGGUUGCACAACCUCACCUUCGCUCCUGGACCCCCAGCCCCGAGGCUAAAAACGAAGCCAGGACGGCUAGCGGGAUCCAUCCCGCUCGCUGUCAUGGCUUCUUUGCUCUUUGGGGCUCGGGGGGAAAUAAUUCCCACCCCCUUUAUUUCCCCCCCCCAAAAUAAGUGCACCCUAUAGGGCGAAAAAUACGGUAUAUCUUUCUUAGGUGAUGACUAUAACCUUUAGCUUGCAUACUUUUAAAAUACAGUGGUACCUCAGGUUACAAACACUUUGGGUUACAAACUCCGCUAACCAGGAAGUAGUACCUCGGAUUGAGAACUUUGCCCCAGGAUGAGAACGGAAAUCACGCGCCUGCGGCAGCGGGAGGCCCCAUUAGCGAAAGCGCACCUCAGGUUAAGAACGGCUUCGGGUUAAGAACGGACCUCCGGAACGAAUUAGGUUCAUAACCCAAGGUACCACUGUACUUAGACUGAUCUGAUAACUUGUUACAAUAGCACACAAUUUUCCUAGGAGUUUUCUGUUUGGCUGUUACCCCAUAUAAUAUUGAAACGGUUUUAUUCACUUGCCUGUGUUUUUAAAAUAGUGUUUUGGGUAUUUGACAUUAAAUAGGCAUAUAAGGAAAAUCAUUGGAGAUGGUCACACUGCUCAGCAGACAUUUCUCUUUAGAAUCAUGUACAGCAGUAAAAGUCGGCAGAAAUGAAAAAGCGUUGCUUUCCAAAAUAGCAUUUUAUACACACUUGUCACUGAGCUUUCAUUCAUAUACAGUGGUACCUCUGGAUGCGAACGGGAUCUGUUCCAGAGCCCUGUUCGCAUCCUGAAGUGAACGCAACCCCCGUCUGCACGUGCGUGGGUCGUGAUUUGCCACUUCCACGCACAGUGGUGUAGCGUGGGGGGUGCAGGGGGGGCCGGCCGCACCGGGCGCAGCAUCUGGGUGUUAGGGUUAGGGGGCGCAAAUCCACGGGUUGGGGGGCGCAAAUCCACGGGUUAGGGGGCACAAAUUACUUGCCUUGCCCCGGGUGCUGACAACCCACGCUAUGCCACUGUCUGCGCAUGCGCGUGACGUCAUUUUGAGCGUUGCGCAUGUGCGAGCGGCAAAACCUGGAAGUAACAUACUGUUACUGUUACUGUGGGACGCGGGUGGCGCUGUGGGUAAAACCUCAGCGCCUAGGACUUGCCGAUUGUCAGGUCAGUGGUUCAAAUCCCCGCGGCGGGGUGCGCUCCCGUUGCUCGGUCCCAGCGCCUGCCAACCUAGCAGUUUGAAAGCACCCUCGGGUGCAAGUAGAUAAAUAGGGACCGCUUACUAGCGGGAAGGUAAACAGCGUUUCCGUGUGCUGUGCUGGCUCGUCAGAUGCAGCUUGUCACGCUGGCCAUGUGACCCGGAAGUGUCUUCGGACAGCGCUGGCCCCCGGCCUCUUAAGCGAGAUGGGUGCGCAACCCCAGAGUCGGACACAACUGGCCCGUACGGGCAGGGGUACCUUUACCUUUUUAACAUACUGUUACUUCCAGGUCGCCACGGAGCGCAACCCGAAAAUAUUCAACCUGAAAAUAUUCACCCUGAGGUAUGACUGUACAGUUAAAGGGAGUACAUGGAGUUCUGGCAAAACAUAAAAUGUUUAACACUGUUUGCAACAAAUAAACCCAGAAACUGCAUCUUAAACUCAGGAAAAUUGGGAAGGGAAGAAACUCUUGGAAAAAUUCUGUCUCCUGCACAUAAUGUGCAUACAACACACCGGAUUGCCACAGGCAUCUCAUGUGAUGAUACUGACUUCCUGAACUCCAAAUAGCAUUUUAAUUGGUGAAUAAAUCCUAUUAUUUCACCUCCUCUUCACGCAGAAAAUUGGGGAUUCAUACCGUGGCUAUUGUUCAAGUGAAACAGAAUUAGAGAAUAUUCUAACAGUGCACAAGCAGCAAACGCACAGCGUGUGGGGAACACGCCAGUCUCCAAGCCCAGCUAAACCUGCCACGAGGCUGAUGUGGAAAUCACAAUAUGUUCCAUUUGAUGGGAUCCCUUUUGUCAAUGCUGGUAACUUUCUUUCUUCUUAAUGGUUUUCAGAUUUAUUAAAGAGACUGUGCUUCGUUUUGCUUUGCAGAAUAUCUAUAGGUAUUGUGAAAGGUCACAAAGGGAAAAGUCUCAGUGCCUACGUUGUAGUGGUUUUCACUCAUAUUCUGCUGUGUGCUUGUGCGUUGGUACCUGUGUUCUAGUCUUUUGAGGGAAAAUGUCAUUUAGAAUGCUUCACAGAAUCCUUUUCUACACAGAUAGAAAUUGCAUGUUUGGAAGCCGCUAUGGAGUUGCCUUUAUAUACCGUAUUUUUCGCUCUAUAAGACACACCAGACCAUAAGAUGCAUCUAGGAAAACAAGAAAAAAAAGGUUCUGAAUCCCAGAAGCCAGAACAGCAAGAGGGAUCGCUGCGCAGCGAAAGCAGCGAUCCCUCUUGCCAUUCUGGCUUCUGGGAUAGCUGCACAGCCUGCAUUCGCUCCAUAAGACACACACACAUUCCCCCUUACUUUUUAGAGCAAAAAAUACGGUACAUACAAUUGUGAUGAAAUAAACAGUUAUGCCAUCUUCAAAUAAAUAGUAUGCCCGGGCCAUACAUUCUUUUUUUACCUAUGAAAACUUUAUUGUCAUGGAACACACACGUCUCUUGCUCUCUAGCAGUGUUAAAUGAUUAAAUCAUUUGUUUUUAACAAAGUCUUACGAAUAGCACGUGCAUUUAGUGAGCUCCCGGUCAGGUGCAGUGUGUCCUGUUUUGCCGCCUGAGUCGAAACAGGAAUGUGCUUCCUGUCAGCUGCCGCCACCACCGUCAGUGGCGCUGGUUUCCUGCAAGCUCUCAUGUGGUUUACAAGAUCUCGCAACUUUCUGUGAGAUCUCAUAAAAUCUCAACGGAAACGGUUGCUUCUGCCAGCACUGGUUCUCCAGCGGUGCGGGUGGGCAAGGUAUCUGCGGAGGUGCUGCCCCUUGCACUUCCGCUGCCCGAGGCAGUUGCUUUACCCCACCUCAUGGGCUGGCUGGCUUUGCUACUGGUCCUCCUUCAGCAGGGGCGGAGGAAGGGGGUGCGGUGGGGGCAGGCCACCCCGGGCGUCACCACUGGGGGGGGGUUGACAAAAUGCCGGGUGGCACUCACCGUGGGGCCUGCAGUGCGCCUGAGCCAUGCGUCUCUCCUGGGAGUGACACAGUGGCUUAGGCGCCCACAGGCGCCAUGCAGCCAGAAACAGUCCACCUGCCACCUCCCGCUCAGCUGUAGGGCGGCUGAGUGGGAGGAGGCAGGCAGACUCCUCGAAGGACCCACGAAGCGUCCUGCCCUGUCUGGCCCCGCCCCGCGGGUGGCUGGCCCCGCCCCUGGUGCAGGGCACGUGCGCCGCCCCAGGCGCCCAAUCGGCUUGCUCCGCCGCUGUCCUUCAGCUGUGGCUUAGAUUCAAAAAGUGCUGAAUUCUAGCCGGAACAGCAAAGGUAGAAUCUUUCUACCUUUGUGUGGCUUGAAGUUUGAAUCCCCUGAUUUUAUAUGGUGUCAGAUUAUUGAUAGUUGGGUGCCCCCCCCCAGUUCGUCAGAAUGGCCCACGGAGGGUUGGCCACUUCUGGAUUUGGCUUAUUGGACGAAUGUAUUUCCCCCCAUCCCUAUCCCAAACUGAUCUGCCGAGGAAACAAAAUAUCUGUCGCAAUGAACACACAGCAUUUCCCUCGAAACAGGAAGCAGAGCCAUAGUGAUGGAGUGCCAAUAUGGGCCCCGAAGAAAGGGUUUUCAGCCCAGGAAAACUGGUGAACAGGAGGACGUUUCCUGCCAAGUUUACAAAGCCACCUGCCCUGCAAGGUAAGCAAUGGAUAGCCGGGAAAGUAGAAUAAUAAUAAUAAUAUUAAUAAUGAAUAAUGAAUGUCCUGAAUGGGGUAACUGUGCCCCUGAAGGACCAGGUGUGCAGCCUGAGAGUCAUUUUGGACUCACAGCUGUCCAUGGAGGCGCAGGUUAAUUCUGUGUCCAGGGCAGCUGUCUACCAGCUCCACCUGGUACACAGGCUGAGACCCUACCUGCCUGCAGACUGUCUUGCCAGAGUGGUGCAUGCUCUAGUUAUCUCCCGCUUGGACUACUGCAAUGCGCUCUACGUGGGGCUACCUUUGAAGGUGACCCGGAAACUGCAAGUAAUCCAGAAUGCGGCAGCUAGACUGGUGACUGGGAGUGGCUGCCAGGACCACAUAACACCGGUUCUGAGAGAUCUGCAUUGGCUCCUAGUAUGUUUCCGAGCACAAUUCAAAGUGUUGGUCCUGACCUUUAAAGCCCUAAACAGCCUUGGUCCUGUAUACCUGAAGGAGCAUCUCCACCCCCAUCGUUCAGCCCGGACACUGAGAUCCAGCUCCGAGGGCCUUCUGGUGGUUCCCUCAUUGCGAGAAGUGAGGUUACAGGGAACCAGACAGAGGGCCUGCUCGGUGGUGGCGCCCGCCCUGUGGAACACCCUUCCUUCAGAUGUGAAGGAAAGAAGCAGCUAUCCUAAGACAUCUGAAGGCAGCCCUGUUUAGGGGAGCUUUUAAUAUUUAAUGCUGUAUUGUUUUUAACACUCGAUUGGGAGCCGCCCAGAGCGGCUGAGGAAACAGCCAGAUGGGCGGGGUAUAAAUAAAUUAUUAUUAUUAUUAUUAUUUAAUAGUUAACCAAUAUAUUAUUUAUACCCUGCCCAUCUGGCUGGGUUUCCCCAGCCACUCUAGAAGGCUUUGGACAUUUUAGUAAAUAGGACAAAUGUUUAUCUGAACAAGAGCGUACAAAAAAAUUUUUGCAGGAAAAUGUUACUACCAAUAUUACAAAAAUAGGUAAGAGCAGCUGUGGGGGGCAAAUAUGUUUUAAGGGGUCGUGUCACUCUUCCACCUCUUUAAAUAGUUAGGUGUUUUUCAUUCUAAAAUGUCUUUAUAGAAUAAGAGAAUGUGUUUGUUUGUCGUAGUCUCUGUGUUGUGAUUCCUUCCCCUCCUUUCCUAUGGCAGGAUCUAUAUUAAGAAGGUCCAGAAGUUCCCCGAGUAUAGAGUUCCGACAGACCCCAAAAUUGAUAAGAAAAUUUUACGUGUGGAACAGGAGAAAGCUUUCAACGUGCUGAAGAAAAACCUGAUUGAUGCUGGUGGGGUUCUCAGGUAAUGUAUGUCUUUCAGCUUGAUUUGUUGUUGUUCCAGGGUUGCCAGGAACAGUAAUGUUGUUAUGAGUUUGGAGGUGCUGGGUGCCCCUAAAGUCCUGGACCCAGUAAGUGUUAGAAAUUUGUUAAGCCUUCUGAACUCCUAGAUCCAGCCAGGGUUAAAAUAUAAAGCAGGCUGGUUUUGUCAUGAGGUGAUCACCUGGGAGAUGAGCCAUUAAGAGAGAACAAAGGGAAAGGUGAUGGACCGUUAAGAAAGCAAAAGAGAGAGGACUCUCUGCCAGACAGCAAAAGGGCUGGAGCCCCUCCUUCAGCUCUGAGUUAGUUAGAAGACCAAAUGAGAGUUUGAAGCAGAACCUUUAGAGUUUUGGGUCUGUGAUGUGACCUAGAGGAAAGAAGGUUGCAGCCUGGUAAAGAGAGUCAGAGCACAAUGGUUGGUUUCUAUUUGAAACCUUAGGCUGCAGCUGUGGGAGAAACAAGACCCUUUCGGGGCGUUAAUGCCGUGAACCCCUCAAUAUUUAAUGCUGUACUGUUUUUAACACUUGAUUGGGAGCUGCCCAGAGUGGCUGAGGAGACUCAGCCAGAUGGGCGGAGUAUAAAUAAUCAAUUAUUAUUAAAAUUGGGACGCGGGUGGCUCUGUGGGUUAAACCACAGAGCCUAGGACUUGCUGAUCAGAAGGUUGGCGGUUCGAAUCCCCGUGACGGGGUGAGCUCCCGUUGCUCGUUCCCUGCUCCUGCCAACCUAGCAGUUCGAAAGCAUGUCAAAGUGCAAGUAGAUAAAUAGGUACCGUUCCGGCGGGAAGGUAAACGGCAUUUCUGUGCGCUGCUCUGGUUCGCCAGAAGUGGUUUAGUCAUGCUGGCCACAUGACCCGGAAGCUGUACGCCGGCUCCCUCGGCCAAUAAAGCGAGAUGAGCACCGCAACCCCAGAGUCGGCCACGACUGGACCUAAUGGUCAGGGGUUCCUUUACCUUUACCUAUUAAUAUUAAUUGUAGGCUCAGGUUGUAUAUAUGUGUAAAUAAACUAUAUAUCAUAAAGACAUCAUUCCCAAAAGGAACCACAAACCCUGGUUGAGAGCCUGGAAACCCUGGAAUCUCAUACUGCUCGGAUAUUAGGGUGGCGUGCAACAUUAUUCAGGCAGCAAAUGCCUGGAUAAAUGAAUGUUUUUGGAUUUUUCCUGGAAGUUAAUAAUGUUGGAGACAGGCACAACUCAUUAGGGAGGGCACUCCACAAAGGGGAACCACUACUGAAAAGCAGACCCCAGUGGUGGGGUCACCAACAAGGCCUCACCUGCCAGUCAUAGGGUCUGAAAUGGAAGGCGCUCUUUUAGGAACUUAAGUUCUAAGCUGUUAGAAUUGGGCUUGGUAGAUCACUGGCAGCCAGUGCAGUGUUAUCAGGAUCAGUGGCACAUGCUACUUGACAGCAUCAUAGACCACACCUACUCCAAGAUAGGGCUACUGCCAGGGACGCAGAUAGCGCUGUGGUCUAAACCACUGAGCCUCUUGGGCUUGCUGGUCAAAAGGUUGGCGGUUCGAAUCCCCACAAUGGGGUGAGCUCCCGUUGCUCUGUCCCAGCUCCUGCCAACCUAGCAGUUCGAAAGCACACCAGUGCAAAUAGAUAAAUAGGUACCAAUGCAGAGGGAAGGUAAACGGUGUUUCCGUGUGCUCUGGCUUCCGUCACGGUGUUCUGUUGCACCAGAAGCGGUUUAGUCAUGCUGGCCACAUGACCCAGAAAAGUUGUAUGUGGACAAACCCUGGCUCCCUCGGCCUGAAAGCGAGAUGAGCGCCGCACCCCAUAGUCGCUUUUGACUGGACUUAACCAUCCAGGGGUUCUUUACUUUUACUGCCGUGGAGUGGUAAAGAUAACAGCAAUCUGUGUGGAAGUGUGGUGAUGCCCAUGAGUUAGACCAGGCAUAGGCAAACUCGGCCCUCCAGACGUUUUGAGACUACAAUGCCCAUCAUCCCUGACCACUGGUCCUGUUAGAUAGGGAUGAUGGGAAUUGUAGUCCCAAACAUCUGGAAGGUCGGAGUUUGCCUAUGCCUGAGUUAGACAGACCUGAAAUAUUCACUAGAGUUGGUUUCCCCCCUCCUGCUGGAAAAAGGAAUUACUUUCUUGGGAGUUGCAUCUGCCAAUUUUUCUCGCCAGGUGGUAUGUGCAGUUACCUACUCAGCAGGCUCAUCAGUAUCAUGAGCUAGAGAUGUGCCUCCCACGAUUGCCAUUCUCCAUACCGUCUCCUGAGGGAGAGGACGAUGCAGGCAAAGACGAAAGCUGCACGCUGCCCUCGCGACUUCACCCGCAAGUUGCAGAUAAGAUCCGAGAGCUAGUGUCUCAAGGAAUACAACAAGUCUACGCAGUGAGGAAACAGUUACGGUAAGUCUUUGUAAGUCUCUACACAACACACUUCUUCCACUUUGUGUGGGUUAUGACACAGCACCCGCUCCCCCCGCCCCUGUCCUGAUUUCUACAUUUUGGCUCUUUUGGGAGUGGAAUGUGGUUGCACAGAGCCUUCCCAUAUAUCAAGGUAGGUGCUUUUCAGACCAAUUGGAAAGAGCACCCCAGAGACCUGUAGUAAACCUCUAGUCGCUAAGCCUAUAGCAUAGAAACUUACUACUUUAUUAUCCAUACCUGAGAUUAUUCAAGAGUCCAAAGUAUAGGCUAAGUUGUAGUUUUUCUUACACUGCACAGAAGAGAAAGCUUUACAUAUUGGUAUUCUAGAUUUUCUUUAGCAAUCUUCUGUUUGCCUGGUUGUUUUGUUUUUGCAACGUUUUUGGAUUUUUCCUAAGUAGUCCAGCAAAAUUUCCAGUAGGAAAAGAAUGGGAUAAUCGCAGGGUGGAUUUGAUUUAAUUCACUAGUCAGUAAGACUUGAUUUAAAUCAUUUCUUUUACAGAAAGACAUAUUCUUGCUGGCAUAAUCUUAAUAUUUACAACCAGAUGAAGGUUUCAUUUUUGGAAUAAUAAAUUUUAGUUUUUAUAGCUAUAUCAAAGAUUACUAAUUUGGUUAUACUAUUAGAAAUACAUAGACAGAUAGUUAGGAAAUUAUUGUGAGGUUUAAUAAGUUAACUGUUUAUAUUGGGACAACUUUUCUGCUGUACUUUAUUGGAAGGAUAAAAAUAAUCAUUUCCUUAAUAACAAUUUAAACAAUUUAUUUAACUGAAACCAUAACAUUAUAGCAUGUGUAUCCAUGUUUGUUAACUGAUGUGGUUAAACAUUUUUUUCUCUUUUAAACUUUAAACUGAGUUUUAGCACACAUGAAAAACUUAAAACAAAUCCUUAUUUGCUGAUGAAUAGCCUUUGGACUAUAAUGUAGAAACCUGUCUUUAGAAAGAUUCUGCCCACCCAAAGCAUUUUAUUUUUAAAAUCCAAUUUAAAUUUUAAAAACUCUGAUUUAAAUAAAAAAAAUCUGACUCUGGAUAAUCAGGCUAAAUGUGUGUUAGUAGAGUAAAAAGCAGAGACAUCACCUUGCCAACAAAGGUCCGUAUAGUUAAAGCUAUAGUUUUCCCAGUAGUGAUGUAUGGAAGUGAGAGCUGGACCAUAAAGAAGGCUGUUCGCCGAAUAAUUGAUGCUUUUGAAUUAUGGUGCUGGAGGAGACUCUUGAGAGUCCCAUGGACAGCAAGAAGAUCAAACCUAUCCAUUCUUAAGAAAAUCAGCCCUGAGUGCUCACUGGAAGGACAGAUCCUGAAGCUGAGGCUCCAAUACUUUGGCCAACUCAUGAGAAGAGAAGACUCCCUGGAAAAGACCCUGAUGAUGGGAAAGAUGGAGGGCACAAGGAGAAGGGGACGACAGAGGACGAGAUGGUUGGACAGUGUUCUUGAAGCUACCAGCAUGAGUUUGACCAAACUGCGGGAGGCAGUGGAAGACAGGAGUGCCUGGCAUGCUCUGGUCCAGGGGGUCACGAAGAGUUGGACACGACUAAACGACUAAACAACAAGAGUAAAACACUUGGGCUUGAAGGGGACUUCCACCAAGUCUUGCUUCAUUUGUAGGCCCCUGCACCAUUCUCAAGGAUACCCCAGACUCCAGAUGCGUAAGGAAAAGGAGAGGCAGGAGACCUCCAUCUGUGAGUGUGAACUCUACCCUGCUUGGGGAAGGAAUGUUAACUUCCCAAGCCUUGAUUGUGUGUUGUUCGGAAGAGCAACAAGUACAAUAAAUCACAUAUCAACACGUGUUUAAUCCUCUCUUUUCCCCCCAUUUCUAAUACUCAACAGAAAAUUUGUGGAACGAGAAUUGUUCAGACCUGAUGAAGUGCCAGAGAAGCACAACUUGUCUUUCUUUCCUACUGUAAAUGAUCUCAAGAACCACAUUCAUGAAGUGCAGAAGUCACUAAGAAAUGGGAAGAUAUUAUACAACUCAGAAACUAUUCCAGCAAUGGUAAGCAUGGACUCUUCUUUCUUCCUCUCUUUCUCUUUCAGCCGAGUUUUGUGGUCAUUUUGUGGACAGUCUUCAUUGCUUGCUCUUGACUCUCUCUCAGGAUAACUGUUUCAAAGGCAUUAGCACAAAUAAUUCCCCCCCCCCCAGUAAAUUACAAUUAAAUUGCCUACUAAGGUGAUUGAUACAGUAUUGUCAAAAUGAGAAACAGAGUAUAAACUAUGAUAAAACAAAAAAAACACAUUGUUUUUAGUAGAGCAAAUUUACCUACUCAAAUGGUCACUUAAUAGAUAUCUGAUAGAACAAGUGACAAGCUUAAAUUAUUUGGGGUUGUCACUCAGCAAGUUCAUGGCAAACUCCUAUCUAAGUAAAGGUAAAGGAACCCCUAACCAUUAGGUCCAGUCGUGACCGACUCUGGGGUUGCGGUGCUCAUCUUGCUUUAUUGGCCGAGGGAGCCGGCGUACAGCCAGCAUGUCUAAGCCGCUUCUGGCGAACCAGAGCAGCGCACGGAAACACUGUUUACCUUCCCGCCGGAGCGGUACCUAUUUAUCUACUUGCACUUUGACGUGCUUUUGAACUGCUAGGUUGGCAGGAGCAGGGACCGAGCAACAGGCGCUCACCCCGUGGCGGGGAUUCGAACUGCCGACUUUCUGAUCGGCAAGUCCUAGGCUCUGUGGUUUAACCCAGAGUGCCACCCGCGUCCCUAACUCCUAGCUAGAACAACUCAAAUAUCAGAGAGGACUGCGAAGGUCUUACUAAUAUUCCACAUGGCAGAAGGCUUGGCUUUUAUUUCUUUAAGUGAUUACUUGACCAGGGUUUGUUUGACACCAAGUUAACUGUUUCGUAAAACCACAGAAUGGUUAAGAAGGAGGAAUCUAAAAGAUAAGAGUAUAAGAACAAAUAAGUAAAUCUGCAUUCAGUUUUUGUCUUUUCCUGGUGAUUUGGAUGUGUGUCAACAUGUGAUAAGAGUGUUGGCUUCUUUAAAUGGCUCUUCUUCCUCUUUUCAGCUUCAAUGGACAACAGACAGUGGUAAUAUUCUUACUGAAACAGUGACUGUUACACUUGCAUCUUCACCUUCUGAGGGUAGGAGCAAGCUGAAAACAUUUAUUUGUUGCUUUGUUAAUCCUAACGUUAUGUAGCCUUUAUAUAAGUGGUUCCCAAACUCCUCGACCUCUUCAAUAUCUUGGUGGGCCACUUAAAGAUUUUCCUGUUUGCGGUCACAAUUGUAACACACUGUGCUAGAUGUUGUAUGAUUUUUAAUUGUAAUUUUAUUACUUAUUUUAUUUCUUAUGUAGUUUUCAAAUUUGCAUUGCAUAGAAUUCAAAUCGUAAUACAAUAAAGAAAAUUAAAAUGCCAUUAAAAAUCAAUAGAAAUAUUUAAUGCAGAAAUGCCAUGGUCCACCUGAAUGAAGAUUGCAGGCCAUUGAUGAUCUGCUAGACCACAGUUUGGGAACCCCUGCUUUAUUUUAUUGCUUAACCGUGCCAAUUUCAGAGGCAGUUUCAAAGUCUCAUUCCUUCACCAAUUAUUAUUAUUAUUAUUAUUAUUAUUAUUAUUAUUAUUGGUUGGGUUUGUUUUUCAUCUUACAGUUCAUGUGCCUUAAAAGUACAGUGGUGCCUCGCAAGACGAAAAGAAUUCGUUCCGCGAGUCUUUUCGUCUUGCGAUGUUUUUCGUCUUGCGAAGCACGGUCUGUCGCAACUGCGCCUCUUCAAGUGGCUUUAAAAAAAAAGCGCAAGACGUUUUCGUCUUGCGAAGCAAGCCCAUAGGGGAAUUCGUCUAGCGAAGCAACACAAAAACGGAAAACCCUUUCGUCUAGCGAGUUUUUCGUCUUGCAAGGCAUUCGUCUUGCGGGGCACCACUGUAAAUGCCUUUUUUACAAUUUAUUGUUUAAACGUUGCCCUAUGAAUCAUUCUUUGUGCAUUUCCUUUUGCCAUGGUGUGAUGAGCCCUUUGGAAGUGAUACAGUGGUACCUCGCGUUAAGUACUUAAUUCGUUCCGGAGGUCCGUACUUAACCUGAAACUGUUCUUAACCUGAAGCACCACUUUAGCUAAUGGGGCCUCCUGCUGCUGCUGCCGCGCCACCGGAGCACGAUUUCUGUUCUCAACCUGAAGCAAAGUUCUUAACCUGAAGCACUAUUUCUGGGUUAGCAGAGUAUGUAACCUGAAGCAUAUGUAACCCUGAAGCGUAUGUAACCCGAGGUACCACUGUAGUUGUGAGGGUGGGGAGCAAAAAAAUAGCCUGGUACAGGAAGUUGCAGCAAGAUCUUUAGGAAUGUCCCUAAGCCACGAGGUAGUGGCUCCUUGUGAAUGCAAGGAGUCAGAAAUACACAGGGAUCACCUAUUGACUUAUGUAUGAAGCAGAGUGCCGUAUUACGAGUGUAGAGUUUUCUCCGAUAUUGGAAUGAAUUCCUUGGGUGUGUGUUCUGCCCCAGAGCUUAGGACAGUAUGCAACUAAAUCCUUGCGUUAAUGUAAGGCUUCUCCUCCCCACAAGGUUUGUGGUGGGAGGAAGCCAGAACAGAUUUAGGGGGCAUGCAGCAAAAGGAGAGCUUGCAAUUCCUCAUAUGUUAGUUGGUGACCUAACUGAUGCAAUGUAUUGCUUAUACCAGUGUAUGUAUGGCGAAUUGCACAUUAAGCUGAGCCUUUUUCUGUGUGUGUUUAACUUGUAUUUUAGCAACUCUUGAAACGGACCAACUGAACUGA